GUCCCGUGGUUCGGCGGCGGCGUUUUUGAGUUGCGCAGAACACCGAAUUGCGUCCUACUGAGUCGGUGUGGUGAAUCGCCGGGUAGAGCGCCGUCAGAGCUUCAGUCACUCGCCAACCGUCGAGGCGGAAGGUUGUCUUCAGCUCUAUGCAGCUCCGCGAUCGUUCGCUCACGAAAUUUGGAGGUUAGGAUUCGAAAAUCGGCGCCCGAGGCUCGAAACGCGACGCGAAUAAAAAUGUCGCGAUAAUGCGACGGAAAACAUGGUUGUUUUGCCUAGUCUGUGACAAAAUCACGUGAGGAUUUACCGUGCUAAGUGAGAAACGUAAAUUUGUGUGCAACAUCUUACCUCACAAUAGUUUACAACGAGAAAGUUUGUGUUCCUUGAGAAUUAUCAGUGCUAACAUCGAAUUUUUAGAAAAUAAAUUGACCAACAAUUGUGGAUUUGAAGUGUGCCCAACAUAAAUCUCAAAUUUUUACCAGAAAAUUCGUGAGAGGUCAAUUUCUGUUGAAUCCACAUGUAAGAUAGAUGACAACGAGAAAGUGUGUUUUCUUUGGGAAAAAUUGGUGAAAUCAUAGAUAUUUUUGUAGAAUAAAUUGAGAAAAUACUGUGGUCAAAUUUUUUCGGUUUCAAAUUUCUGGUAAAUAAGGGUGAAACUUGAAAAUUGUACAGUUUUCGUUGAAUAAGUUUUUUGGAAAACUACAAAGUGUGUAGGCAAAAUCAAAAAUUUGAAAUUUUUCAAGUUUUUUUUUUUGACAAGAUAAGCAGUGCCAAAAUCUUCGAUAUUAUUCGAUGCUUCUUGAAGAAUAUAUUUGAGUUUUCGUUGAAAAUUUCACGAAAUUAGUGGUGUUCCUACUCUGUAUCAAGGUUCAUAGUAAAAAUUGUUGAAAAUUCGACAAAAUCAGUGUGAAACCUUCAAAAUACAACGAUAAUUUUGUGAUAAUUGUUGAAAAAUUGAUAAAUUCAGUGCGAAAACCUUCGAAAUUCGUUGAUUAUCGCCGAAAAAUUGUAGAAAUCUCAACUUAUCAUGCUACAACUUCGUCGAGAAUUAUUUUGUGUUGAAUGAUAAUAUCAGUUGCAGUGAAAAAGUGCGCGGAUGAUUUUAUCUCCGCAAAUUUUCGCCUCAAUUUGUGAGUUUUUGUGUUGAAUUUUCGUGGAAAAUGAUGGCCAAUUUUUUCGGAUUACGUGAUUUUUGUGGAAAUAAGCGAAAAAUGAAAAGUGCUCUGACUAAUUGGAUAUGGAUAGCGGUGCUCUUGCUGUUCAUGACAGCUGUCUGCAGUUCGCUUGAAGAAGACCCAGACGGCGAUCCAGACGCUGAUGAUCCAGAUAGUGACCCUGAGGAGCACUACCCCCUUUUGGAGGACCCCCUGCACCCUCCUUCUGCACCCUCAAAUGGGGACCACUCAGUUCCCCUCCCCGUAUUUUUGGAAGAACCAGUCGACACCUAUAUCAUCAAAAACAAACCAGCCCUGUUGACUUGCAGAGCUGCGCAUGCGCUACAGUUAUACUUCAAAUGCCAAGGCAAGCGCCUGGACGGCGUCCACCUGGAGUUUGUGGACCCGCAGACGGGCGUCCGCAAUGUGGAGACGUCGGUGAACGUGACCCGUGACGCGGUCGAGGAGUUCUUCGGCAAGUUCCGGUGUGAGUGUGUGGCGUGGACCUCCCGCGGUCAGGUCACCAGUCAACCAAACACCAUCGUUGUUGCAUGUGAGUACGAGAUCCAUCAUUCUUUAUCAGCAACUAAUGUGAAUUUCUCCACUAAACACGACUAA